AUGGACUGGUUCCACUGUAACCAGUGCUUCACAAGGAAAGGGUCAUCGUUUGCUGUGUCCAGCUGUGGCCACAUCUCCUGUGAGGCAUGCAUCAAAUCUAAGCAGUGCAGUGUGUGUGGGGCCAGCUGCAGUUAUCUGCCCAUCACUGAUGAGAUGAAACCACAGGAAAAAGUCUUUUUCAAGGACCCAACAAAUCUGAUCCAGCCACGACUGCAGCACAUAUCACAGAUUGUUCAUUUCCAGUGGACACAGAUGGAAAGAGUCACGACGCACUUCAAGCACAAGUCUGUUGAAUUGGAAAGGCGCCUGAAGGAGGUCUCUGAGCAGGGCUACAGGCAACUGACCGAGCUGAAAAGAGAGAACGCUGCCUUAAAAAAGCAGCUUUCUGAGCUGAAAAGAGAAACUGCCGAAUUAAAGAAGCCACUUUCUCAGAGGAGGGUUUCUCCAGGACAAUUUCAUACAGAUGGCACUCAAAGGAUGACACUCCCUGUGGCUGUCACCUCCCCGGUUACACCUCGGUCAAGAGCCAACAGUCACUUUGGCUCAGCAGAGUCUCAGGGGUGGACCAGAGGCCGAGGUCCCAGUCUCUCCUCUCUCACUACUCCUGGAUCAGCCACUUCUAUUUCCAGCAACAGUUCUCUUCAUGACCAUGUACGCAGAACACCUACAUCCUUCAGCACUUCAACAAGGAGUCGUUAG